UUCCUUUCGGAAAUUUCAUUCGGAUUUCAAAAACACGUGAAUCUAGCUUCUGUUUCUUCUUCUAUCUCUGCCCAUACCGAUGGGGAAGAUUCCGGUAAAUGUACGGACUUCCGGUGAGGAUGUUGACUUGUUAUGUGGAACAGCAAGCUUUUCCGAUGUUUUCUUCAGGUAUCUAGAGGACGGAGAGACUUCUUCGGGAAACUUCUCUAACUCCAGUGACGGAAAUGGUUACUCCGACGACGAAGAAGAUGGAAACUCCUUCGACAUGAAAGAGAGUAAGGCGUUUUGGAACUCUCAGGAUGAAAUUCUCCAGGCGACUUUACGGAGAACGAGUUCAAUUGAGACGAGAAUACGCCGUGCGACGGUGGAGAUUCUAAGAGAAAUGAACAUAGAGUCAACGAUAUGUGAUUGCGGGACGUCGCUGUCAGGAGGCUGCCGGAACUGCUGGCAGAGAGAGAUCUGCAAUAGGCUACGAAUCGCUGGUUUGAAUUGCGCUGUGUGCAAAUCGAAAUGGAGAAGCUCAUCAGACAUUCCAUCAGGGGAACAUUCGUAUUUAGAAGUGGUGGACAAUUCAAGUUCGAGAAGAGGGGAAAUUCGGGUGGUGAUCGAGCUCAAUUUUAGGGCAGAGUUCGAGAUGGCGAGAGCGAAUGAAGAAUACAACAAAUUAAUCAGGCGAUUACCGGAGGUUUUUGUGGGGAAAUCGGAGAGAUUAUGGGCUUUGAUUAAGAUCUUAUGCGCGGCGGCGAAGAGGUGUACGAAAGAGAAGAAGAUGCAUCUGGCUCCAUGGAGGAAACAGAAAUAUAUGCAAUCGAAGUGGCUGGGGCGGAGGGAGAGGGCGGCGGCGGCGUCGACGGGACCGUUGCCGGUGAAUUUCUCCGACCGGCCGGCGAAAUCGAAGGCGUCGAUGUUGACAUUUGACCUUCUAGAUAAUUUGGGUAGCCUGCAUUGUACCGCAGUAGAAGUUGUUUAAGGCGAUUUUGGUAAUUGUAUGUUUUGUUAGAAAUUUGUAUAUAAAAUCAAGUCGAUUAUGCGUUCUUUU